UUUUAUUCCAUUUUUAGAGAUAUGAUAACAUUUGUAAGAAGUCAUGAUGUGAAAUCUUAGAUCUGGAGGGGUCACCAACGUAACAAUGCUUGUUUUCACUGUCUUUGUGUUGGCUAUAUCGUCAGUGAGCGGCCAGUUUUUAAACUGUCCGUGGGUGAACAGUUUGGAUUGCACAACAUAUACACCCUCCUUGGAAUGUGGCACGGACGGUCUUACGUAUGAUAACAGAUGCUAUUUCGCAAAACAACAAUGUGUCGACAGCAACCUUCAUAUUCUCCACGACGGUGCGUGUCUCCCUUCUGAAUCAAGUACGACUCCAGAACCAAAUUUCGUCAAUGGCAAUGAUGCUGUACUCGAUUUCUUCUGCACGGCGCUAAGCAAAGAAAAUUGUGGGCCUGAGAUUCAGGAAGUGUGUGCAACUGACAACUGGACUUACAGAAACUAUUGUGAAUACGACAAAGCGAAAUGUACUCACAGAAAUUUGAAGAUAAAGAACUUUGGACCUUGUGCCUGAAAUGUUGUAUGAAAUGUUUUGCGGUCUUAUCGUAACUUUUCAAUAAAUGUAUCAUCUUGAAAA